AUGAGUUUGAGCUGGCUUGUAUCACCAUAACUUCAUAAAACUACAAAUGGCUAUUAUAUCAAUCACGAUAACAUCAUGCUUGCUGGACCACAAGACAGAAGAAGAUUAAUAUUUUAUUUUGUCGCUAGUCAAACACCUGAAAAAAUUUCAUAGGAGGAUCACAAGAAAUUCAUCAAAGAAUAAACAAUAGAUGUUGACAUGAGAUCAGGCAUAUUUUCUUUUGGGGGUAUUUUCUUGGCGUUAGCAACAUUAAGAGAACAACAAAUGAUCACUUCCAAAAUUACCAGCCGACCCAUCUUAAAUGGUAUGUUCAUCUUAGGAGUUGGUUUGGUCUCAGCCGCAUUUUCUUACAACCUGUCCAAAGUAUUGUUCGAACCACUUUUUGUACAAAAAAAUCAAGUGUUGUUGGAAUUAGCUGAAAAGUAUAAUUUUUCAGUCUUUGAUUUUGCCCUGGCCAAGAAGGAAGCAAGAUUAAAAUAAUUAAGAGCAGAACUUACAAGCGAUAGUAGUAAUGCUGCUCAUUUCUGAAAAAUAAUAUUGCAAUAUCAAUAAAAAUAUAAUUAUUAUAA